AUGAUAUUGGUAUCAGCAGCGCCCAGCCAGAAGGAGGGUACUGGCCGAGACGAAGGUCUGAGGAAAGGAGUCUUCAUCAACCACACAGACGGAAGCACACUCAUCGGGAAGGUGUGGCCAGGUCUGACAGCGUUUCCUGAUUUCUCUGAUCAUGUGACCCAUGAGUGGUGGUACGACAACCUCAAGAGGUUCCACGACAAAGUUCCCUUCGACGGACUCUGGAUUGACAUGAACGAGCCGUCUAACUUCGUGGACGGGUCGACCGUUGGUUGUCCUGACAACAAGCUGGAGAACCCUCCAUACACACCUGGUAUAUUAGGAGGGUUGUUGAGGGCUAAGACGCUGUGUGCCUCUGCUGUCCAGAAGACCUCGUCUCACUACAACAUGCACAGCCUGUAUGGACUUCUAGAAGCUAAGGCGUCUGCCUGUGCCCUGAAGCGUAUGUUAGGGAAGAGCGUUGUGAUCUCUCGCUCCACCUUCCCAAGUCAAGGCCGAUACUCUGGACACUGGCUAGGAGACAACAGGAGUCACUGGAAGGACAUGUACACCUCUAUAGCAGGUAUGUUAACCUUUAACCUCCUGGGUGUUCCCCUGGUGGGGGCUGAUAUCUGUGGCUUCAGUGAACAGACUGAGGAGGAGUUGUGUGUUCGCUGGACACAGCUAGGAGCCUUCUACCCUUUCACACGCAACCACAACGCUAUCGACCAGAGGCCUCAGGACCCUCCAGCAUUCAGCCCUCUAGCCCGUUCAGCCAUGAAACAGUCUCUCCUGCUACGCUACUCUCUCUUCCCUCUGCUUUACACACUGUUCCACCGUGCACACACACACGGACACACCGUCGCUCGCCCUCUGCUGUUCGAGUUCCCCAAGGACGUGAGAACGUAUGGGAUAGACAGACAGUUCCUAUGGGGGAAGAGUUUGAUGGUGACACCAGUAUUAGAUCCAGGUGUGGACUAUGUAGUGGGCUACUUCCCCCAGGGACUCUGGUACGACUACUAUACGGGUGAUUCUAUCCGUAGUAAAGGAGAGGAGUUGAGACUCAAGGCUCCUCUAGAUCACAUCAACCUUCACCUGAGAGAAGGAGCUGUCAUACCUACACAGCGUCCCAACACCACCCUGUUUGUGAGCAGUGGUCAGCCGCUCCACCUGGUUUCCAGUCUGUCUGAAGACGGCUCAGCCAGAGGAGAGCUGUUCUGGGACGACGGAGAGAGCAUCGACACCUUCGAAAACCGACCAGUACGCUCACAUAGUGUUCACUGUGGUCAAGAAUGGUUCAACCACUACUAA